UUUAAAUAUUUCUCCUCUGCUCCAAACUUUUUCUUUUUUCCCCCCCCCUCCUCCUCGGCGCUGCCCCCAGCCAGAGCACCGGGGAACGGUGGGUGUGAUGCCGCUGAACGCGUGGCUGCCGUACCGCUGUCAGAGCUCUCCCUCUGCAGUCCCCCAGCCGUAAAGCCAGAGACGCUGCGAGGCAGCAGCUCCGCGUUCAGGGACCGAGGCUCCGCGGAGGAAAGUGGCCGCCCGGAGUCAGUCAGCAUGCGGGUCCUUCUGAGCGUCCUGUACCCGCUCCUUUCCCUCACCGCGUUCGGACUCUAUCCAUCCAUGACUAUUGGCCCUAAGGAGGGCUGGCAGGUGUACAGCUCAGCCCAGGAUGCUGACGGCCGCUGUAUCUGCACUGUGGUAGCGCCAGAACAGAGCCUAUGCUCCAGAGAUGCAAAAAGCAGACAGCUCCGACAGCUGUUAGAGAAGGUGCAGAACAUGUCUCAGUCCAUUGAAGUGCUGAACCUGCGGACUCAGAGGGAUUUCCAAUAUGUCAUAAAGAUGGAGAACCAGAUGAAAGGCCUGAGGACCAAGUUCAGACAGGUUGACGAUGACAGGAAAUCCAUCAUGGCCAAGAAUUUCCAGGAGCUUAAAGACAAGAUGGACGAGCUGAAGCCAUUGAUCCCCGUGCUGGAGCAGUACAAGAUGGACGCUGCGCUCAUAUCACAGUUCAAGGAGGAGAUCAGGAACCUUUCCGUGGUGCUGACGGGUAUCCAGGAGGAGCUCGGGGCCUACGAUUACGACGAGCUGUACCAGCGAGUCCUGCGACUGGACACCAGGCUCCGAAGCUGCAUGGGCAAACUAACGUGUGGGAAAUUAAUGAAAAUCACUGGACCCGUUACAAUAAAGACAUCUGGAACCCGGUUUGGGGCUUGGAUGACUGAUCCUCUUGCAACAACCCGAAACAACAGGGUUUGGUAUAUGGACAGUUACACCAACAGUAAGAUUGUGCGUGAGUACAAGACGACAGACGACUUUGUGACAGGCGUGGUUUCUCGAACCUACAGCCUACCGUUUAAAUGGGAAGGAACCAACCACAUUGUCUACAAUGGCUCGCUUUACUACAACAAGUACCAGAGCAACAUCAUUGUCAAGUACAGCUUCGAGACGGGCACCGUGCUCGCCCAGCGAGCCUUGGAGUUCGCCGGCUUCCACAACAUGUACCCGUACACGUGGGGAGGAUACUCCGACAUUGAUGUCAUGGCCGACGAACUGGGAAUGUGGGUCGUGUACGCCACCAAUCAAAAUGCCGGUAACGUUGUCAUCUCUCAGAUAGACCCUGACACCUUGCAGGUCCUGAAGACUUGGUACACUGAAUACUCCAAAAGGAACGCAGGUGAAUCAUUCAUGAUCUGUGGGACGCUUUAUAUCACCAACUCUCAUCUGUCAGGAGCUAAGGUGUACUAUGCGUACUCCACCAAGACUUCCACCUACGAAUACAUAGAUAUCCCGUUCCACAACCAGUACUUUCACAUCUCCAUGCUUGACUAUAACGCUAGGGAGAGGGCGCUGUAUGCCUGGAAUAAUGGACACCAGGUAAUCUUUAACGUCACCCUGUUUCAUGUCAUAAAAACUGAAGACGACUCCUAAAUGUGAUCCUUUGCCAACCGCAACUGAAGCACCACUGUUUGUGAUACAAGGACAAGCUAACUAACUGUUUUCUUUCAUCAAAAUUGGACUGUGCUAUCUCUACUUGAACCUUUUACAAUGUGUGGCUCUAUAUUCUUGGCAGAAUUGAGCAUGGACACAAUUGACUUUACAAAAAAAUAGGUAAAGCAUUUUUUUUUUUUUUACAAUUUCCCAUUGCUGCUGAUUAGUCUGGUAUGCCUUAUUUGCAAAGUGUUGGGUUUUCCAGCCAAAAACUCUAAUCUUUUGCAUGAAUGUCAUAAAUUUGUCUGUUGUAAUCUGCUAAGAGGUAGUUGCUUUUGUUGCAGAUUAGAUAUUUGCUUCCAGUGUUUGCUUUGUUUGGAUAUUUAAAGUCUAUUUAAAGUUGUAUUUAACGUUUGAAAGCAACCUACGGGAUAUUUGCCACAAUGUAAAUAAUACAAAUGUUUAAAGUUUUUGUUUGGGAUGACCCUGUAAAAUUAUUAAUGCUAUGAUGUCUCUGUGAAAGAAAGCUGUUUGUAUUUUUUAUAAACAAAACCAUAGAAGAA